UUCACGUCAAAGCAGCAACAGUCGUAUAUGUUUAUUUUGUAAUAUAAGGAAAUAUUAGGCCUACUUUGAAAUAUUGUGAUUGCUAAUUAUAACAAUACAGUAUUACUUUUACAAUUGUAUAUAAUUAAUUCAAUUGAAUAACGUGUAAUUUUCCGCUACUCGUUACAUUAUCAAGUAGGCCUAAUAAAGGUUAGAAAAUGUGUGAAGUAUCUAAAUCUUGUGUAAAUAUACUGAGAAUAAGUAUUGAUGAAAUAUUUCGAAAGAAAAUUUUAGAAAGCCUUGGGGUAACAAAUACUGCUGAUGCUGAACAUGUUUUGAAAAGAAAACUAAAGGAGAUACAAACAAGGCAUGGUUUGCACAACAAAAGUAAACAUUUUGCAGGUAUAAAAACAACCAACAUGAAUUUGAAAAGAAAAAGGAAACACCUACAAUCUCCUUCAGACCAGUCUAAGAAAACUCCUAUCCUCGGUCCUCAAGAAAAUGCAGCAAUUUCUUGUAAUAAUUUAAGUAACAAUAAAAUGUGUAAUGAUGAUGACAUCCAACAAUCAAUUCAUCAGCCAGAUCUCCAAGAUGAUGACUUUGAAUUUUGGAAAUCUCAGACUAUAACCACAAUAGACAAAGAAACAUGUGGUAAUAAUAGUCUAUCAAAGGUAUCAACUAACAAAACAGAGAAUUCUGCAAAUCAUAACUACUCAAGUCCAAAUAAAACAUUUGGAUCUGGUGUAAAUGUCAACAGUUUCUCCCAUUUGAAAAAAGACAAUCAAAACCAACCAAGUCAGUCUAGUCUUCAAUAUGAUGAUGAAUUUGAAUUUUGGACUCUUAGUAUCAGCCAGGGUGAACUUCCAGUUUCGGAAACAAAUGAUAAAACAUUGGCUACAUCUCUCCCGAAACAGAAAAAUCUUGAAGACAACCGUAGCACUGAACCUGUUCAAACAUUGCUAAGUGAAUCUAUUCUACAAGACAAUGAAAAAUUUGAUUUUAGCAGUUCAACUUGUGUGGCCAACACUAACCAUAUGGUACUGGCUGACACUAAUUUAUUAAGUCCAGAACUGAAAUUUUCCUUCAGUUCUGAAGAAGAUUUUGGAUUUGAUCAACAUACUCAACAAAUAACAUUUUCCCAAAAAAGCCAAGAAUCAAAACAGUCUCAACCAAGCCAGUCAAUUUUGCAAAAUAAUUAUGAUGAGUUUGAUUUUUAAAUCAAUAAGUACAGUAUUUAAGUUAAAUUCUUACAAAUGGUUAAUUUGUUAUUCCUAGUUUUAAAAUGAUGAUAUCAUUAAUAAUAUAAUUAAUUUAAUGUAUGUAAUUAAUUUGAUGUAUGAAAAUUAUUUUAUUUUAUUUUUCCUGUCUCCAGAAAUGCUUGGUUGUGCUUCAGUUAAAAUAAAACAUGUAUACAUUUUUA